AUGAGGAACUUUAUAUUACGAUUAAAAAGUAAACUCACUGAUAACUCUUUUGACAAUCUCGUUUGGUUGGUUAACUUGUUCCCUACAAUGUUGGGUUUCUCUUACUUCGGUGUUAAAAUUAAAGAUGUUUCAGCACUAUUUUGGAUUUUCCUAUUAUUGAGCACGUUUUACAUAAAUAUUGUGGGAACUAUCGUGUAUCAGAAGUAUCAUGCUGCGGGAUUGGUUGAUACAUUAAAUAGCUAUUUCAAUGUAUUAAUAUUUAUUAUAACCUACAAUUACUGUCGAUGGUUUUUAUUUGAACGGAAAAGUUUAAUAAAUCUACUCGAACUUACAAACAAGAAUAACGAUAUGGCAAUGGAGUGUGAAAAUAGCGCUGAGAAACUUAAAGAAAUAAUAAAAUCUAUCAAAAACCUAAUAAUCAUUUGGUAUUUAUUUCAUUUAGUCAAUGGAGUGUUUGUAUUCAUACCUAAAAGAAUAUCUGAAAUGGAUGAUUGUUCACUAUCGUCUUGUGUUGGUCUAAAACCAAUGUCAGAACAUCCAAAUAAAGAAGUUUGUAUGGUAAUAUUGACUGCACAUGCGUUAUUUUGCAUCACCACGACAGCCUGCUAUGAUGCGACAUUCUUAUUCUUAUUUGCGCAUACGGCGGCCAUGUUUGAAAUACUAAAAGAAGAAACAAUCUCUUUGAAUGAUUUUGAAACUUCGACAGAUAACUCCUGUGAUAUGCGAACAGUUACGAAAAGAUUGAGAAAUCUAAUAAAACGGCAUUCCUUAAUUUUGCAUACAGUUAAAAAAAUACAAGAUAUAUACAGUACUGCUGUUGGUAUUAGUCUUGGUUUGGAAGCGAUUUCUAUGUGUUUAUUUUUUGUGUUACCGUUUGAAGCAGUUUUGAACUUAGUGCCGAUCAUAAUUCAUGGUCUUUCAAUGUUCUUUUUGUAUUGUUAUCAAGGUCAGAAGAUAACUACUGCUGCAGAGGGAUUUGAAAUGGCGGUGUACUGUUGCGGUUGGGAAAACUUUGAUGUGAAAGAGCAAAAAAUGAUAUUGAUCAUGUUGAAGCAAUCACAAAAGCCUGUAAUAUUAAAAGCGGCGUCAGUAGCUCCGAUUUGUAUCUAUUCAUUUGCUUACACUAUGCAGUCUAUCUAUAAAUUAGUAACUGCUUUCAAAACUUAA